UUUUCCCAUUAGACCGCUAAUUUCGUCACGGAGGCAGGAGAGGAGGGAGGGGGGGCAAGGCCAAAAGAGAGAUGGGGGAGGCAUCGCCGGAGUCCGGCGUCGCGGCGGCCGGAGGCGCCGCUGGUCCCGUGCCGCCGCGGAAGGGAAAGUCAUGCAAGGGCUGCCUCUACUAUUCGUCGGUGCUCAAGUCCCGCGGCUACAAUCCCAUCUGCGUCGGGAUCCCCCGCUCCAUCUCCCAAGUUCCGAACUACGUGGUGGAUGAGCCUAAGGAGGAGGCGAUGUCGCAUGGGCAUGAUCUGAGGCAGUUCAGGUACGGGUGCGCAGGUUACUCCAUGUACGUGGACAACAGGGACAGCCAAGGUGGCGAGAGCGAGGGCAAGACGUUGUUGCCGUAUUGCCGGGGGCUCGAGCUAUUGGCAGACAGCAGAUUGGUCGAGAAAAAACCGUCUACUGCUGAACAAGCUCCAGCACAUGUUUCAAAUGAUGCUACAGCCCGCUCUCACCAGCAGGGACAACAGAGACCCGCGCACUUGGCGAGACAGGAAUUCUUGGGGAGGUUUAAGAGGAGCGCCGGACUGGUGGCCUCAGGUGUUGCCAAGAACCUAAACAAAACGGCCAAUUAUAUCAAGGAAAAUGUCCAGGACAUAGUGUACCCUGAUCGCCGCCCACCGAAAUAGCAGCUGUGCCAAGGGUUCAUCUAUGCUCAGGUUGAGAGCUGGAGAAAAUGUUUCAUGAUGGAAACAUUACCAAAGGCCUACCUGACGGUUCAUAGUUUUACCGUCUCAGCAAGAAGCAGGUCCAGCUUCAUUGCUGAAAGAAAAUGGUGACUUUCUGGGAUACCAAAUUUCUGCUGAACUUGCAUGACUUUGUAAUUUACGGCUACAUACAAGUCCAAUGGUGUACGUUCAAAUAAUAUGCUGCUUGGUUGAAGUGAAAAUCUAAUUUUGGUUGCUGUACUGAUGAAUAAUUCCAGCCGGUCACAGUGGAACUCAAUGGGGCAAAAAGUUUCUGUUCCAUUCUUCUA